AUGGAGGACGUGUACACUAUAAAGGUAAAAACGAAGCCGGACACGAGGAACCUGUACCCUUCGGAGAGGAGGUACUCAGCGUCCACCGUCUCUGGGCUGGCGUGGGUCCACAUUGCGCUGGCUGCGACGUCGUUUCUUCUCGCCUGUUUGGCGCUCGUCAACCCGAGCUCGGACGUCGAAACUAGCCGCAACGCGACCGCAAGCCUGACGGUCAUAGACUCCGAGGACCAUGUCUCUGACAACUACACGGAUACGGAGAUAUUGAGAAAUGAAAAUAACUACAUGUUGGUUUUAGCGCCGUCCUUGCUUACUGCGUUCGCGCUCGCCGCCGGCGUCGCCUCCAUCAUGGCCUCGGUCCGAUGGUACAUAGACCACAACAUCACCUGGCUCUUCGCGAUGUCUGUACUGUCGACCAUGUUCUCGCUAAUCGCCUUCGUGAUGAUCGCCGUGUGGUUCGUCACCACCUCGGAGGACGACAUAUCGGACUUCUACAAGGACAAGGUGCCGUUCCAGGACCUCAUAGUGGUGAGGCACAGCGACGUGAUCGCUAGGAACGAGUCCCACUUGGUCAUCGCAAGUAGCGGCUCUCCCGCCAAGCAGGGGGACUCGCAUCUGUUCACUAAACGAGUGCUGUCCAUUAACAUACUGAUAGCGGCGUUCCUAGAGCUCUUGUGGUCCAUCCUCAGCGUGAAGAUAUCCUACAAGGGCAUGAGGAACAACUACAAGGAGGACGACCGCGAGAGGCGCGGCAACUGCAUAUCUGUCGUGACGAAGAUAAAGGGAAACAACACCGCCAAGCUGCCGAGAAACGGGAAACUCUUGCCGCCGAAGCCGGACCUGAUAGAGCACUACCCCAGCAAGAAGAUAAAGAGGAUCUUCCUGGCGCAGAGCGACAACGGCUUCUACCUGAAGAAUCAGAACAACAAAGCGAAACCGAACACCGAGACGAGCUCGGAGUUUUACAAGGAGCGAAUGCUGAGCUUCCUCAACCGGUGCGCCUCGUUGGAGGGCAUCUCUAACUCCGACAUGAGGACGCCGAGCGUCCAAUCGGAGGCGGUGCUGAACACGAUCCACGAGGCUGUCAGCGUGGACACCAGCGUCCAGGAACCGAACCCGCAGCCAGAAACGAGGGACGGGAUGACGCCGGUCAGCUGGGGCGACACUCCCGACCACACAGUGUACAACCAGAACACGCUGAACCUGGAGAAGUUCUUCAGCUUCGCGAAGAAACCUCGAGAACGGGCCACCGAAAGCGACAGAAAGCCGACUGAAGCCACCAGUGAGACUACACAGCAUAAU